AACACCAAGCAACAAGACUUUCUCUAGCUUGGACUCCAAAGGUCGAAUCGAGUCGCGUCGCAUGAGCGCAGCUGUUCAGAAGUUAUUUCCCGCGGCCCUUGAAAGCUGGAGCAUGCAACUUCGAUAAACAGUCGCAAUGCGCUUCACCAAACCAAUCUGGUUAACCCAUGGAGGCGACAAGAAGGAUUUCGAGGUUUACAGCUGUCACGUUUCGCCAGACGGAAGCCGCUUGGUCACGGCAGGAGGAGAUGGACAUGUGCGCAUUUGGUCGACGGACGCGAUUCGCAAUGGCGCAAACGCAGAGUACAAUAAGCCCAAACAGCUGGCCGCUAUGAGCUACCACUCGGGCACCAUCCACUCUGUGCGCUUCUCUGGAAACGGCAAAUACCUGGCCUCGGGCGCCGACGACAAGAUUGUGUGCAUCUACAACCUCGAUCCCAACCCUCCGACCCAUACCACUUUCGGUUCAAACGAGACUCCCCCCGUCGAGAACUGGCGCAUCUUCCGCCGUCUGAUCGGCCACGACAACGACGUCCAGGACCUGGGAUGGUCCGCCGAUUCUUCCAUCCUCGUAUCCGUCGGCCUCGACUCCAAGGUCGUCGUCUGGUCGGGUCAUACUUUCGAAAAGCUCAAGACUUUGUCGCAACACCAGAGCCACGUCAAGGGCAUCACCUUCGAUCCCGCAAACAAAUACUUCGCUACCGCCAGCGACGACCGUACCAUUCGCAUCUUCCGUUUUACUUCUCCCCCUCCGAACGCUACCACCUACGACCAGGUCAACAAUUUCGUCCUCGAAGCCACAGUUUCAGUUCCCUUCACCACCUCUCCUCUGACUACGUACUUCCGCAGAUGUUCUUGGUCUCCUGAUGGUGCUCACAUCGCUGCUGCCAACGCUGUCAACGGUCCUGUGAGCUCCGUUGCAAUAGUCACGCGUGGUAGCUGGGAAAGUGAGGUCAAUCUAAUUGGCCACGAGGGCCCCGUCGAAGUGUGCGCCUUUUCACCACGUCUGUUCUGCCCUACACCGCCACCGCCCGCUAGCGACACUGUCGCCCAGGAGAACUUUGCUGCUGGAGCUGUCACCGUUGUUGCAUGCGCCGGUCAGGAUAAGACGCUCAGUGUUUGGAACACAAACUCCCCUCGUCCCUUUGUCGUCACUCAAGAACUUGCUGCUAAGCCCAUCUCUGAUCUCGCCUGGUCACCUGAUGGUGAAACUGUCUACUUUACCAGUCUCGACGGCACCAUUGCUUGUUGCGUCUUUGCUGCUGGGGAGCUCGGAUAUCCUGCCCCCGUCAACAACAAUGACAAGGCCUUGGCGCGAUUCGGUGCUGGCAGAAGAGUAGGUGUUGUCGAAGGUCCAGAUGCCUUGAGACUAGAGGAAAACAGUAAGGCUGGAGAGCUUAAGGGUGUCCAAGGUCGCAUGGGAGAACUGAUGGGCGAUGGCACUGUUGCUGUGCCUUCUUUGAACGGUUCUUCUGAGAAAUCUGCUGCUCCUUCUACUAACGGGGCAUCGGAAAAGGCCACAACAAAUGGUAGCACAGAAACUGCCGAACCCAAGGAGCCAAUGCCGCCUCCGGAUCCGCAGGUCGCCAAAAUUGACAAGCUGAAGCAGCGUGUCACCAUCACAAAAGACGGCAAGAAACGCAUCGCUCCCCUGCUCGUCUCGUCAUCUGCUGGCGUGGGUGAGUCUUCACUACCAAAGCCACAGCUCAUGUCCAGUGUAUCCCAAGCCAGCCGUAACGAUGCACCUCAGACCACUCUGGAUCUCUCAAAACCGUUCGAUGGUUUACCAAGAGGCGGUCUUGCUUCGUUGCUUCUCGGUAACAAGAGGAAGUUUGCUGAGAUUGAAGGAGACGACGACCAUCGUGCCGAGAAGCGCAUUGCCUCUGUCCAACAGAGUGGCGCGACACCUGUAGUCAUUAACACUGCUGCCGGACUCGUACCACCGAGCUCAGUUGGAAAAAGCACGACCGAGACUGCUGAACCUCUAAGACCGGCUAUCGUCAACCCCAGCUUAACUACAAGCCAGGUAAGACUAGCAGUACCUCUGGUCAGAACAACAAUAGUUCGCCCAUUGGAUACGAACAGCGCCCAGGAGGCCGACGGACAGCAGAUGGAUACGGGCGACGAGUCUUCGGUUGUUUUCGAAGCUCGUAAUGCUUCCGGUCCAGCACGCACAGGCAGAGUUCAGGAUCGUGACCCUACACGUCUCACAGUCUCUCGACGAGGCCAAUCAAUAUGGCAAGACUACCUCCCCCGAGCCGUCCUGCUGGUCACAGGAAAUCAUAACUUCUGGGCAGCUGCCUGUGAAGAUGGAUCAGUCUACGUAUGGACACCAGCAGGCCGCAGACUGGUCAACGCUCUCAUUCUUGACGCACAACCUGUCAUUAUGGACUGCCGAGGAUGGUGGUUAUUGUGCGUAAAUGCUGUGGGAAUGUGCUACGUUUGGAACAUCAAGACAUUGUCGUCGCCGCAUCCACCCGUGUCUCUUGCACCCGUUCUCGAUAUUGCUGCGACAGCCCAGCAAGGCCAUACCACCAAUGGACCGGCUGUCAUGUUUGCUCGUCUCAACUCACAAGGACGCAUCGUAGUAGGUCUGUCUAAUGGAGAUGGUUAUAGCUACUCACAGGCCAUGUACAUCUGGCAGCGCCUAUCGGAGCCUUGGUGGGCGGUCGGCAGCCAGUACUGGAAUACCGCAGAUACUUCCAUCUCAACAGUACAGCCUACGUCUAAGGGCACGAAUGGUACCUCCACCGCUGACGAUGAUCUCAAGCCCGAGAACUUGUCCGCUGGCAUUAUCCCCCUACUAGAGCGUAACACCACCACUCAGUCUUUGUUACGAGGCCGAGCCUACUUCCUGCAGAGACUUGUCAAGACACUACUUGUCGCCGAAGGGUACGAAGGGUUUGAGAGUGCCGUGAGCGUAGCACAUCUUGAAAAUCGUGUCGCAGCAGCCAUGACCUUGGGUGCGCGUGAGGAGUUCCACCUGUACCUUCUCAUGUAUGCCAAGCGCAUUGGUGCCGAAGGCUCAAAAGCCAAGGUUGAGGAGCUCUUGCGCUCACUUAUGGGCAGCGUCUUCGAGGACGAAGAUGAGAAACCUGAUGAGGAGAAAGGACAAGGCUGGAUGGCUGAGGAAGGAGACCUCGUUGGCUGGCCUCGAGAGGAGCUGCUCAAGGAGGUCGUUCUCAUUCUGGGCAAGCAUCGCGAUCUGCAACGCAUCACUGUUCCAUAUGCUCGCCUUCUGGGUGUCCUGGACGGCGCUAGUGAUACUGCGGCCUCUUCUGCCAUGGAGAUCUGAGCGAUCCCUAUUUUAUCUUCUUUGCCUUUUCUAUCGCCUGCUUUGUGUUCGGUCUGGCAAGCAAGACUAUAAGGUGUCAAAAGCGAUGGGCAGCUCGGCAUAUACAGGCGUAUUGGAGUCAAUGGGCAAAGGCCCAGGAGGAUGGGAAUAUGAUAUGCUGUUUUCGUGUCUACACAUUUGGUGUCUAUCGUCGCUGUUGAUAUGGCUCGUUGAUGUAUUGAUGCUUUUGUGCCUCCGUGCUCGGUUACCGCCGAUGAUACUACAUGAUUAUCUGAUUCGUCUUCCGCUUACGAGGCCAGUCAAUGUUGCCAUGAUCGAGGAUGGAAUCAGAGAUCUACAC